UAGGUCCCAGCUUAAGUUUGGUAAAUCAAUGUAGGGAGCAGUAAGCAUCAUUUUGCUGGAUUUCUUCAUGUCCAGUAGUGUUAGCUUCCUCAAUUGAGUUUUCUGGCUUGGUGGUUUAUACUGCUGAAUGGUUGCUAUGCCUCUUGGGUUUUACUUUGUAGUGUAUUUACUUACUUUGCUGUUGGCAGUAAGUGUUCACUGUAACAAUGUUCCUGAAGGGGUCAGUGUGGAGUGUCGAGAUCGAUAUCUCUGGGUAUCCAUAGAAAAGCCACUUGCUGACCGUUUGGUCCAAAUUGAAGCUUUUGAUGAUACUGGUGUGUACCCAAUCACAGAAAAGUAUAAAUCGGAGUGUGGUUACACGUGUACCUAUGAUGACUUGACUGGAAAUUCAAUCCUCCGGGCAUCCUACCUGUCUUGUCACACUCACAAUCCGACUGAUGAGGUCUUUGUCUUCAAUUUCAACUUGAUCAUCAGGGACUAUGAUGUAAUGGUUUCUGUCCCCUUGUCAAAAACCUGCACACUAUCACUGCCCUGGUCUCCCAGGGAGGUCAUCUGUGAACAUAAAUACAUGGAGGUCUCUGUUAGAAAUAUGCCCUGCACCUCCAGUGGCGAAACCUCUGAAAUCUGGGGAGCUACCCUUUCUGUUGCUCAUGAAUCUGCCACACAUGCCUACAAGGUUCUGUUUUUGAAGGGGGGUCAGGAAGUAGCUUCUAUGUCAAUUGAUGAUGCUCGUAUGCAUGGUUAUGUGAUUGAUGCCACAGAAGAGAGAAUCGUCUUUCGUGCAGCCUAUGCACAGCCCGACUCGGAAAUAAAAAUGAUUAAUGGGAUUCCUGUUGAGGUGGUUCAUGCUACAGUGUUCUUCCGACGAAGUUGGAUGGUGAUGAUGAUUGACUUAACAGGAGCUUGUACCACAAAUUUGAGCUCUUUUGAUGGUGAAAGAUUACUGUGGGAGACUCCCAUGGUUUUGACCCCUCUGAUGUACAACCACUCUGGAUUUAUGAGUCAGCAAAUGCGUCUUGGUCUGGAAGGACAGCUCCUGGACAUGUCCACAAUGAAUGAUUGGGGCUACCUUCUGGACAUUAUUGGGGACUCUGUGUGGAUUAGUGUCCCCUAUUCUGCCAAGGGAGGAUACCGAUGGAGCUUUGUGCAACAGAACACCUACCACGAGUACUAUAGCGUCAACCUGUAUUAUGAACAUGUGUUUAUGGAUGGUAGUGGCCGUCUCACCAGAUUCCGCCAAGUAAAGAAACUUGCCAGUCCCCUGCUGUUUCAAGUCCCCUUCACGAUUGACCAGACUAUCAUUGAAGAACACCACUUCACUGUGUAUCUGGGCAAUUUCCCUUAUGAUGUGGAGCUCCUUGCAGUGGUCCUCAAUGGGGAGCUCUUCACGGUUCCUGAGGCAAUUUUAAGUGGCUAUCCCAUCACAAACAUCCCUCACUCUAAUGGAACCCACGCCUAUGUUAUCAGGGUUCCUUUUGAGGAUGCUCUUGUACAAAAAAUGUAUUUCAGUGAGGGGUUCCUCCAAUAUUCUUUGGCCAUAAACUACACGCUGAAUAUCAUGCCACAGGAUCCUUACUACCAUUCAGCUUCUGUAAUUGCUCAGAUCAAGGAUGUGUUCCCCCCUGAUUUUAAUGGAGUCUGCACAGAGACUGGCAUAAUCUUCAAGAUGGACCACAAAAAAGCAGGUUACCUGUGGGAGAUUGGCAUUGGACAUUAUCCUCUAUCAACUGAGUUGGCAGCACAGCGUGGCUACAUUCUACACAAUGACAGCCAGAGCUUGAUUCUAGAGGUGCCGGUCUUCACCAUUGGUUAUAUCUAUGAGGAUAUUAGCCUGAAGCAGUUUUUUGGGACAUUUGAAAUUCUGUCAAGGGAUGCGAAGACGUUGGAAAUCCAAAAAUCUACAGCAAAGCGUUGCCUCUUCAAAACUGAUGAGCUAAUAGUUUGUUCACCAAAUGGUGUAAUGACGGUGGUGGCCAGUAUGACUGUCACGCUACCAAAAACGGAGCCGAGACGAGCCACACUUCUGGAUGCAAACUGCGGGCCUGAAGAAUUUGAUGGAACCAGGGUUCUCUUUGCCUUUAAAGUGAACACAUGUGGGACCAGGGUGAUGGUUGAUGAUUCCUAUGUAACCUAUGAGAAUGAGAUUUUAGUCAACCGUGAGCUUUUACCAGAGGGUGCGCCUGUCAUCACCAGGGAUGCUGAUUACAGGCUGACUGUGCGAUGCCACUAUCCAGUCAAUGAUGUCCAUCAACUGUUUGUGGACAGGAAGUUCAAGUCUGAGACGCCUGGUUUUGGCUCAGUCACACAGACUUCAGACUCGGCCAAAACCACAAAAUAUGUGCCCAAACAGUCCACCCUUCCUCCACAUGUGCCCAAAAGAACUACCGCUCCACCUACCACAGUCACUACAGUCUCUCAAAAGGUUACAACCGAAUAUGUGCCUGUUCGGUAUAUUCGGGUCACUCUGGGAUGAAGGACCUGCUCAGAGGUAACUGGAAGCCUGACUUGGAUACAAAAUAAAUUGGGUUUUCUUAAA